UAACCGUUUCAUGUGGGACGUUUUGUCUAAGUCUCAUUUUAACAACGUAAGCGGCCAGAAAAAAUGACAGCUACUUUCAGUUUGAUUUAGGCCAAACAGAUAACCGAAGUUCUUAAUGUGAGACAAUAAAAAAAAUAGCAGUACUUGUUACUUUGCCACAGACUGAACAAGGAAGAAAGUGCUGAAUACUUUUAGCUUAAUACAUACUUAAUACGUACUUAGCAAACAAAUUCAAGCAGCACAUUUACUCUUUCAAAGCAAGUUGAUAAGACAAAAGUUUAAAAUACAAGAUGGCAUCGAGAGGAAAAUCUGAGACAGAGAAGUUAAUCCACAACCUUCAAGAGCAGAUGGACAGACUGGUGAACCAACUUUCCGACCUGGAGGAUUGCAAAGAAGACCUAGAUGAAGAUGAAUAUGAAGAAACAAAGAGCGACACCAUAGAACAGCUGAAGGAGUUUAAGGAGUCACUAGACAAGAUGAUGGGAGGUGAUCUCAGUCUGGUGGAUGAGCUGAACAGCAUGCAGCUGGCAAUAAGAGCGGCCAUAUCUGAGGCAUUCAAGACUCCAGAGGUUAUCAAAAUGUUUGCCAAGAAACAGCCAGGGCAGCUCAGACAACGACUAGCAGAGUUGAAGCGAGAUGGCAGCCUGGGUAAGCUGUCCAGUGCUGCGAUGGUUGGCCAGUCUGUGGAGAUCCUGACUGCCCUCAAGAAACUCGGGGAAACCCUCACGCCCGAGGAGGAGGCGUACCUGAGUUCCAACUCAUCUUCCAGUCUCAAAGAGUUUGAACAAGUCUCAGGAAAUAUGGCAUCUGGUGACAAAGUGCUUGCCGUGGCAGGAAGUCAAGUUCAGCAAGCUGCAAAGUGAUGCUGAUGUCAAGCUUUUAAGUGAUAAAGACUUCCAGUAACAAGCUUUUAAGUGAUUCAGACUUCAAAAUCAGGGUUUUAAUCAGUGCUUAUCCAGAUUAAAGAAGAUUGUAUGACAGUAUAAAACUGAGAUAUAUGCAAACAUUAUAUUUACUUUAUUUAUGUUUAUUCAACGACAAUGCUCUGAUGGGAUGUUCAUUUAUGAAUAUACCAUAUUUAUGCUUAUAGUUGUGCAAUACAUUUUUGUUUGUACCUGUUCUAUUUCUGUAAUUCUUACAUUACAUUAACACUCCAAUAUGUUUACAGUAGAUUUUUUUUAAGCUCAUCAUCUCUUUGAAGAAUUAAAGUUGAGAUAUUGUGAUAGCCUUGAAUUUCGUCGUGGAAAAACAUUAACCUAAGCAAAAAAAGAAUCAAAAUAUUGUAAGGAAACUAGGUAUACAUGUUGCCAAUAUCAAUACACACAAAUAAAGCAAGGCUCAUAACUCUGGCUUUGGUAAUUGUCGAGUUAUUCCCCUUGUUUGGCUGGUCGAACAGAUACGGACGAGCGUUUGCUCCGCAUCUUUCUCGUUAACUAUGUAGAUUGAAAGUCAUAUUUUUAAAUGAACAUGUAAAAUGUCUCCAGGUUGUUUCUUAUUUCAUAUGUACCCUAUGUUUUGUAUCACAAGAUUUUAAGCCAAAGUCAGUUGUGAAGUUAAGCUAUUGUUAAAUCCAUUCUUAGUGUAACGGUGAAUUUGAUUUACCAAUUCUAGCAUCCAAUGUCAGGCUGAAAUCCUGGGCCCAUCCAUAAACACCAACAUCUUGAAUAAGAGUUUGAGACUCGGGCUCAGAAAAGCAAAUCUUUAAGUGCCAUAAAUUAUCUUGAUUGUAGUUAAUUUGACAAAAAAUCUGUAAAUAAUUGUUAAAAAUUGUAUAAGCAACAUAUAUGGGUUUUUAUCAGUAUUACUUUUCUAAUAAAAUUGUACAAUAAAAUGAAAAUUUGCAGUCCUGAGUCUCAAAACUCUUUUGUGAAUACAGAUCCUGUAAUGUGACAUUCAUUAUCACAUUAAACUCAAAUUGUGAGUGUCAAAAUGAGUGAAAAUACAUUAACAAAAUUCUGAAUAUCAGACAAAUUGUACUUUCAGGUUAUAUCGCCGACGCAAAAUGAUAAAGAAUUCUUAUAGAAUCUUUAGUGAAGAAACUGUCAGGAUAUGAAUUUGGCAACCAGUUUAGUAUUCAAUACUGAAAACUUAUAGCUUUCACCUGUUUUUUUUCCAGCAAAGUGUAAAUAAUGGCAUUAUUCAUGUGUUGUAAAAUUUUAAUGAUUAUAAAAAAGAUAAAA